CAUUGGCUGGGAGAGGUGAAGCGGGUUAGGCUACGGCCGGAGCUGUCACUGUCUGAUUCCUCCCGGUGCUGGCGGCUGGUGAUGGCGGUUAGUGAGCUGGUGACAGUGCGGUGGCGGAGUGUGGGCUCCGUGCAGUGAGCUCUGCAGGCCGGUGCUCCGGUGACGGAGAGAAGCCGGUCGCGGCCUUGUUUGUGCGGCUGAAGGAACAUGGCCACCAUGGAGAAGCUGAUGAGAGCCUUCGAAUCCCUGAAAUCCUUCCAGCAGCAGGGACCGGCGGUGGCGGAGGAGCCGGUGCAUAAGCCGAAGAAAGAUCCUUCUACGAACAAGAAAGAUCGCGUGACUCAUUGUCUGACGAUAUACGAGAACAUUGUGGCUCAGUCUCUCAGGAAUUCUCCAGAGUUCCAGAAGUUGCUUGGUAUUGCCAUGGAGCUCUUCCUCCUGUGCAGUGACGACGCGGAGUCUGACGUCAGGAUGGUGGCGGAUGAAUGCCUUAACAAAGUGGUGAAAGCUUUGAUGGACUCCAAUCUCCCGCGGCUGCAGCUGGAGCUGUACAAAGAGAUAAAGAAGAAUGGCGCACCUCGGAGCCUCAGGGCUGCCCUGUGGAGGUUUGCUGAGUUGGCGCACCUUGUACGACCACAAAAGUGCAGACCUUACCUGGUGAACCUACUUCCUUGCCUCACGAAGAUAUCCAAACGUCAGGAAGAAUCGGUACAAGAGACCCUGGCUGCUGCUGUCCCAAAGAUCAUGGCUGCCUUUGGUAACUUUGCCAAUGAUCAUGAAAUCAAGGUUUUGCUGAAAGCGUUUAUAGCCAAUCUGAAAUCUAGCUCUCCCACAAUCCGACGCACAGCAGCUGGUUCUGCUGUCCACAUCUGUCAGCAUUCCCGGCGAACGCAGUAUUUCUACGCUUGGCUUCUCAACGUACUGCUGGGUUUGUUGGUUCCUGUUGAGGAUGAACGCCCUACUCUUUUGAUUCUGGGCGUCCUGUUAACACUACGCUAUCUAAUACCACUACUACAGCAGCAGGUGAAGGACACCAGUCUGAAAGGAAGUUUUGGGGUGACACGGAAAGAGGCCGAAAUCUCCCCUUCAGUGGAGCAGCUAACACAGAUUUAUGAACUGACGUUACAUUACACCCAACACCGGGAUCAUAAUGUGGUGACGGGAGCUCUGGAGCUGCUGCAGCAGAUGUUCAGGACGCCUCCCAUCGAGCUCCUCCAUGUUCUGACCGCGUCCGGAGGCAUUCCACAUGUCAGCGUGUGCCGAGAUGAAGCGCACGGCCGCAGUCGUAGUGGGAGCAUUGGAGAGCUCAUAGGUAAACUCCACCUGGGUGAAGAGGAAGGCUUAGAAGAUGAUACAGAAGCGAAGUCCGAAGUCCCCGCUGCUCCCCGCUGCUCGUCUGGCGUUAAGAGCGAAGAAUCGUCUGAUACAGGAGCGUCUUCUGGCGGUCCAGCUCCGGCUGCUACCUCUUCUAUAGACUCUACAACUCACGAUAUUAUAACAGAACAACCGCGGUCACAGCACACCCUGCAGUCCGAUUCUGUAGACCUCAGCAGCUCUGACCUGGCCAGCACAGUGACCGAAGGCGAGGAGGACAUGUUAAGUCGCAGCUCAAGUCAAAUCAGCACUGUCCAGUCUGACCCAAAUACGGACUUAAACGAGGGAACCACUCGGGCUUCCUCCCCAGUGAGUGAUAGCUCACAAACCACCACAGAAGGUCCAGAUUCUGCUGUGACCCCUUCGGACAGUUCGGAAAUUGUGAUCGAUGGCGCUGAGAACCAGUAUUCUGGGAUGCAGAUAGGACAGCUUCAGGAUGAGGAAGACGAAGGGGCAAUCAUUCCCCAGGGAGAGCCAGCCGAUCGUUUUACAAACCCGUCUCUUGGUCUUAACCAGAGUCACCUGUUAAAGACCAUGGGCCACAGCCGCCAGUCCUCUGAUAGCAGCGUCGAUCGCUUUGUCGCCAAAGAGGAAGUGGUGGAGCCAGGAGACCUGGAAAUUAAGCCUUCAAGGAUAAAGGGGGAUAUUGGACACUACACGGACGAUGAUGCUGCACCCCUUGUUCACUGCGUGCGUCUGUUAUCUGCUUCCUUCCUGCUGACUGGACAGAAGGGGGCCAUGGUUCCAGACCGCGUGGUGCGGGUCAGUGUGAAGGCGCUGGCGCUGAGCUGUGUCGGAGCCGCUGUCGCUCUGUACCCAGAAGCUUUCUUCAGCAGGCUUUACAAACUGCAGCCAGAGAGUUUAGACCAUCCAGAAAUGCAGUAUGUGUCCGAUAUCCUGAGCUACAUCGAUCAUGGAGAUCCUCAGGUUAGAGGAGCCACGUCCCUUCUGUGCGGCACCAUUGUCUACUCCAUACUCAACAAGUCCCGAUACAAUGCAGAGCAUUGGGUGAUUGUCGUUAAGAACCGCACAGGAAAUAACUUUUCUCUGGAAGAUUGCAUUCCGUUAUUGCAAAAAUCCCUUAAAGAUGAAUCGUCAGUGACAUGCAAGAUGGCUUGUGCAGCGGUCAGGCACUGCAUAUCCAGUUUAUGUUGUAGUACAUACAGCGAGCUGGGUUUACAGCUGAUGAUAGAUCUGCUCACACUUAAGAACAGUUCCUACUGGCUGGUGAGGACGGAGCUCUUGGAAACGCUUGCAGAAAUAGAUUUCCGGCUGGUCAGCUUCUUGGAAGGCCGAGCAGAAGGAGAACAUAGAGGCGUCCAUUCUUACACUGGGUUGCUGCAUCUUCAGGAGCGAGUAUUAAAUGAAGUCAUCAUAAGCCUUCUAGGAGAUGAAGAUGCUCGAGUGAGACACGUCGCUGCAGCCUCAUUAGUUCGGCUGGUUCCAAAGUUUUUUUACAGCUGCGAUCAAGGUCAGGCCGAUCCUGUGGUAGCAGCCGCUCGAGACCAGAGUAGUGUUUACCUGAAGCUUCUCAUGCAUGAGACUCAGCCGGCAUCUCACUUUUAUGUCAGUACAAUCACCAGGAUCUACAGAGGGUACAAUAUCGUUCAGGGUCCGACAGAUGUCAGUAUGGAGAAUAACUUGUCCAAGGUGAUCACGGCGGUCUCCCAUGCAUUAACCACAUCGACCACACGAGCCCUUACGUUUGGUUGCUGUGAAGCUUUAUGUCUGCUGUCAACUGCAUUUCCAGUAUGUACAUGGAGUGUUGGCUGGCAUUGUGGGUACAUCAUAUCCUCUGGUGCCCAGGCCUCACGGAUCCAGGUGUACAAGAACAGAGGACGGUCCUUCAGCAUUUCCCAGCAGAGUCCCUCCGAGGAGCCUCGUAAGAGUUGUACUGCCGGCAUGGCGAACAUGAUCUUGUCGCUGCUGUCGUCCGCCUGGUUCCCCCUUGAUCUCUCUGCUCAUCAGGAUGCAUUGAUCCUCACUGGAAACCUGUUGGCAGCUACGGCUCCUAAAUCACUGAAAACCCCAUGGAGCCCCGAGGAUGAAGCCAACCAGCCAACUAACAAACAGGAGGAGCCAUGGCCUGCCCUCAGCGACCGCUCAAUAGUCAGUAUGGUGGAUCAGCUGUUCAUUCACUUACUGAAGGCCAUCAACAUCUGUGCUCAUGUGAUUGAUGACGUCACGCCUGGCCCCGUAGUGAAGGCGACACUACCAUCUCUUACCAACCCGCCUUCUUUAAGUCCCAUACGACGAAAAGGAAAAGAUAAGGAAAGUGCAGAGCAAACAGCUGUACCAUUAAGCCCAAAGAAAUCCACUGAUGCCACUCCAGCUUCUAGACAGACAGAUGCUUCAGGUCCAGCUCAAGCAAGCAAAUCUCUUGGCAGCUUUUACCAUCUUCCUUCAUAUUUGAAACUAUAUGACGUAUUGAAAGCCACAUACGCCAACUACAAGGUGACCCUGGACCUUCAGAAUAACAAUGAGAAGUUUGGAGGUUUCCUGCGCGCUGCCCUGGAUGUUCUGUCACAGAUUUUGGAACUUGCUACACUAAAUGAUAUUGGCAAGUGCGUUGAAGAAAUCCUGGGUUAUCUUAAAUCCUGUUUCAGCCGUGAACCGGUGAUGGCGACUGUCUGUGUGCAGCAGCUAUUAAAGACGCUUUUUGGGACUAACUUGGCAUCACAGUUCGAGGCUUUAUCUUCUAACCCGGGUAAAUCACAAGGCAAGGCUCAGCGCUUGGGCUCCUCUAACCUGCGACCUGGCUUGUACCAUUACUGCUUCAUGGCACCCUACACGCAUUUCACUCAGGCCCUGGCUGAUGCAAGUCUACGAAAUAUGGUUCAAGCCGACCAAGAGCAGGACACAUCGGGAUGGUUUGAUGUUCUCCAGAAAGUUUCUUCCCAGCUCAAGAACAGCAUUACCACCGUUCCUAAGCAUCGGGCUGACAAGAAUACUAUUCAUAAUCACAUUCGCCUAUUUGAGCCAUUGGUGAUCAAAGCCUUGAAGCAGUACACCACCACUACAUCAGUGCAGCUUCAGAGACAAGUGCUCGACCUUCUAGCCCAACUUGUCCAGCUUCGUGUCAACUACUGCCUGCUGGAUUCUGACCAGGUCUUUAUUGGUUUUGUUCUAAAGCAGUUUGAGUAUAUCGAAGUGGGUCAGUUCAGGGAAUCAGAAGCCAUCAUCCCGAAUGUAUUCUUCUUCCUGGUACUACUGUCCUAUGAGCGCUACCAUUCCAAACAGAUCAUUGGCAUUCCCAAAAUCAUCCAGCUGUGUGAUGGCAUAAUGGCCAGUGGGAGAAAAGCUGUGACCCAUGCUAUUCCAGCACUGCAGCCCAUAGUCCAUGACCUAUUUGUAUUAAGGGGAGCAAAUAAAGCUGAUGCCGGAAAAGAGCUGGAGACUCAGAAGGAAGUUGUGGUGUCAAUGCUGCUCCGACUGAUCCAGUAUCAUCAGGUCCUGGAGAUGUUCAUCUUGGUGCUGCAGCAGUGCCACAAGGAGAAUGAAGAUAAGUGGAAGAGGUUGUCCCGACAGAUAGCUGACGUUAUCUUACCCAUGUUGGCAAAGCAGCAGAUGCACAUAGACUCUCACGAAGCACUGGGGGUGUUGAAUAGUUUAUUCGAAACAUUGGCCCCUUCGGCCCUACGUCCUGUAGACAUGCUGUUGAGAAGUAUGUUCGUCAUUCCGUACACUAUGGCCUCCGUGAGCACCGUCCAGUUAUGGAUCUCUGGCAUCCUGGCGAUUCUCCGUGUCCUUAUCUCACAGUCCACAGAGGACAUCGUCCUGUCCCGGAUCCAGGAGCUGUCCUUCUCACCUCUCCUGAUAUCAUGUCAGAACAUCACUCGAUUGAGGGACCAUAACCAUCAAAACUCAGAAGAGCAUGCUGAGCAGAACCAGAUCAACGUUCCUCCAGAGGAAACCUUUUCACGUUUCCUGUUACAGCUGGUGGGAAUACUCCUGGAGGAUAUAGUGCACAAGGAGCUGAAGGUGGACAUCAGUGAACAGCAGCAUACGUUUUACUGCCAGCAGCUGGGAACCCUCCUCAUGUGCCUGGUCCACAUCUUCAAAUCUGGAACUUUCCGAAGAAUCACGAGUGCAGCCACGAGACUGUUCAAGGGCAGUGGCGACAAUGGCACCUUCUACACGCUGGAGAGCCUGAGUGACCUGGUGGAGUCAAUGUUUCCCACCCAUCCUUCUCUAGUUCUUCUCUGGUGUCAGUUUCUGCUGCUGAUUGACUACACGAACUACAGCUGGUGGUCAGAAGUCCACCAGACCCUUAAGAGAAACAACCUGUCCAGUACCAAACUGCUGCUGAGCCCUCAGAUAUCUACAGACAGCGAGGAGGCAGAGUCCCAGUCCAAGCUGGGCAUGUGUAACCGGGAGAUAGUCCGCCGGGGGGCCCUCAUCCUGUUCUGUGACUAUGUGUGUCAGAACUUGCACGAUUCGGAGCAUCUGACCUGGCUGAUCGUGAACCAUGUGCAGGAUCUGAUCUACUUAUCCCAUGAGCCCCCGGUGCAGGACUUCAUUAGUGCGAUACACAGGAACUCCGCUGCCAGCGGCCUCUUCAUCCAAGCCAUCCAGUCCCGCUGUGAGAACUUGGCCACCCCGACCUCCCUGAAGAAGACGCUGCAGUGUCUGGAAGGCAUUCACCUCAGCCAGUCUGGUGCAGUGUUAAUGCUGUAUAUCGACAAGCUCCUGUGCACCCCUUUCCGUGUGCUGGCCCGCAUGGUGGACACGCUGGCGUGUCGUCGGGUCGAAAUGCUGCUGGCUGCUACUCCACAGAAUAGCAUGUGUCAGCUACCCGUAGAAGAGCUGGACAGGAUGCAGGAGUUUCUGCAGAGCAGUGCAUUAGCGCAAAGGCACCAAAGACUUUAUUCUCUGCUGGACAGACUUCGGUCAACUGUAGCACCAGAAACAAUCAGCCCAUUACCUCUAGUGACCUCUCACCCGCUGGACGGGGAAAAUCCUCCACAGCUGGAGACCUUGGAACCUGACGAGGCUUGGUACGUGUCUCUGGUCCGCUCGCAGUGUUAUACACACUCCGAUUCUGCACUGCUGGAAGGAGCAGAAUUGGUGAAUAGGAUCCCUCCUUCAGAGCGUCUCUCCUUCAUGACCAGCAAGGAGUUUAAUUUGAGCCUACUUGCCCCUUGCUUGUCGCUGGGAGUGAACCAAAUGUUAGGGGAUCAGAACAGCACUUUCUUUGAAACCACAAGGUCUGUGGUCCUGGAUCUCAUCUCGCAGACUGUUCAGCAGCUUCCAGCCACCCAUCAGCUCUUUCGGCCUCUGCAGCCCAUGGAUGGGAGCUCCUACUGGGAGAAGCUUAGCUUGGUGUUAGGUGAUGCUGACGUCUACCACACCCUUGUCACCCUCUGUCGAGCGCUGGCGCAGUAUUUGCUGUCUCUCCCGAAAAUACCUCCAUCCUUGCAUAUAACUCCAGAGAAGGAAGCGGACGUGGUGAAGUUUGUGGUGAUGUCGGUGGAGGCGGUGUCCUGGCAUCUCGUGCAUGAGCAGAUCCCGUUGAGCGUGGAUCUCCAGGCAGUACUGGAUUGCUGCUGUCUGACCCUCCAGCAGCCCGUCCUGUGGAAUCUGCUGGCCUCUGCGGAGUACAUGACACACGCCUGUUCACUCAUCAGCUGCACACGCUUCAUUAUAGAGGCCGUUGCAGUCAAACCUGGGGAGCAGCUACUGAGCCCUGAAAGAAAAAAAAACAAUUUAGAAGAUGAGACCGCGGCAGAUGAGGCGGAAUCGGACACAACAGGCGCAGCAUUUGUCAGGACCGCCUGCGUGAUGAUGUCUGAGAUGGUGGAUUCCCUGCAGACCGUUCUGUUAUUUGGGCACAAGAGAAAUGUUAACAUAGCGGCAUUCCUGACGCCGGUCUUCAGAAAUAUAAUCAUCAGCCUGGCCCGAUUACCUAUAGUCAACAGCUAUACAAGAGUACCCCCACUGGUGUGGAAGCUGGGCUGGUCCCCUAAAACAGGAGGAGAAUUUGGAACAUCACUCCCCGAGAUCCCUGUUGAGUUCUUGCAAGAAAAGGAAGUGUUCAAAGAAUUCAUCUACCGCAUAAACACACUGGGAUGGACGAGCCGGACUCAGUUUGAGGAGACGUGGGCUACUCUGCUCGGCGUGCUGGUGACUCAGCCCAUUGUAAUGGACCAAGAAGAAAGUCAGCAAGAGGAGGACACAGAAAGAACUCAAAUAAAUGUCCUGGCGGUCCAAGCCAUCACAUCGCUUGUGCUGAGCGCUAUGACCAUUCCAUCCGCCGGCAACCCAGCCAUCAGUGCCCUGGAGCAGCAGCCGCGGAACAAGGCCCUAAAAGCGCUCGACACCAGAUUUGGACGGAAGCUGAGCGUUGUUAGAGGAAUCGUGGAGCAGGAAAUCCAAGCAAUGGUAUCGAAAAGGGACAAUAUCGCCACCCACCACGCGUAUCAAGCCUGGGACCCUGUGCCCUGUUUAUCUGCAGCAACCACAGGAGCUCUGAUCAGUCACGAGAAGCUGUUACUGCAGAUCAAUACAGAACGUGAGAUCGGGAGCAUGCGCUAUAAGCUCGGCCAAGUCUCUAUCCAUUCCGUCUGGCUGGGAAAUAACAUUACGCCUCUUAGACAAGAGGAGCUCGACGAAGAAGAGGAAGAUGAGAGUGACGUCCCAGCGCCAUCUUCACCACCAACUUCUCCUAUAAACUCCAGAAAACAUCGGGCUGGUGUGGACAUACAUUCCUGCUCACAAUUUCUUCUCGAGCUCUACAGCCAGUGGGUUCUACCUUCUAAUACAGGCAAGAAGACCCCAGUCAUCCUGAUAAGUGAGGUGGUGAGAUCGUUACUGGCAGUGUCUGAUCUGUUCACCGAGAGAAAUCAGUUUGAGAUGAUGUACACGGCUUUAACCGAGCUCCAUAAACAGCACCCGUGUGAGGAUGAAAUUCUCAUCCAGUAUCUAGUGCCUGCAAUCUGCAAAGCUGCCGCCGUGCUGGGAAUGGACAAGGCUAUAGCGGAGCCAGUCAGCCGCCUCCUGGAGUCCACACUGCGGAGCACUCACAUGCCCAGCCGCAUCGGAGCGCUGCACGGUGUCCUUUACGUGCUGGAGUGCGACCUGCUGGAUGACACGGCCAAACAGCUCAUUCCUAUCAUCAGUGACUAUCUACUCUCCAAUCUAAGGGGCAUUGCACACUGUGUCAAUCUCCAUAAUCAGCAGCACGUUCUGGUCAUGUGCGCAGCCGCAUUCUACUUGAUGGAGAACUACCCCCUGGAUGUUGGGCCGGAGUUCACUGCAGGCAUCAUACAGAUGUGUGGUGUGAUGGUGUCCGGGAGUGAUGAAUCCACCCCAUCCAUGAUCUACCACUGUGUCCUGAGGGGUCUGGAGCGUCUCCUACUCUCUGAGCAGCUCUCUAGGUUGGAUGGGGAAGCACUGGUGAAGCUGAGCGUGGACAGAGUCAAUAUGCACAGUCCUCACAGAGCCAUGACUGCUUUAGGCCUGAUGCUGACCUGCAUGUACACAGGAAAAGAGAAGUUCAGCCCAGGACGCACAGCAGAACCAAGUCCUGCAGCACCCGACAGCGAGUCCGUCAUCGUAGCCAUGGAGCGGGUGUCUGUGCUGUUUGACAGGAUACGGAAAGGAUUCCCAUUUGAGGCCAGAGUGGUGGCAAGAAUCCUCCCGCAGUUCUUGGAUGAUUUCUUCCCACCUCAGGACGUGAUGAACAAGGUCAUCGGGGAGUUUUUAUCCAACCAGCAGCCCUACCCGCAGUUCAUGGCCACCGUCGUUUACAAGGUGUUUCAGACGCUACACGCCACAGGACAGUCCUCUAUGGUGCGCGACUGGGUCAUGUUAUCCCUCUCGAACUUCACGCAGAGGACGCCGGUCGCCAUGGCAAUGUGGAGCCUCUCCUGCUUCUUCGUCAGCGCUUCAACCAGCAAGUGGAUCUCUGCAAUUUUACCGCACGUGAUCAGCAGAAUGGGCAAAUCGGAGCCCGUAGACAUCAACCUGUUCUGCUUAGUGGCCAUAGACUUUUACAAGAAUCAGAUAGAUGAAGAACUGGACCGCAGAGCCUUUCAGUCGGUGUUUGAGCUGGUGGCGGCCCCCGGGAGCCCCUAUCACAGUCUGUUGACGUGCUUACAGAAUGUGCACAAGGUUACCGUCUUCUAAGCACUUUUAUGGGCGAGGCUGGCAUUUACCAACAGAAGCAGAGACGGCAACACUAGGGACGGCCCUGCGCCUGUACCGACAUCUCCUCCGCGGUCCUGAACGCUCUCGCCCAACCCCACCCCGGAGUCUCCGAGACUCGCACUCUGCUCUGAAUGUCGCUUCCUGUAAAUAUGUUCUGAUCGCAGUUAUUUUUUAUUUUUUCCUUUCUUUAAUACAGUGAAUGUAAAUGUCCUGUUCAUCGACACGUUUUACUCCUGGGAGUCUGUGACAACACAAACCCGCACCAGUCGGUCGUUGUACUCGCCCACCUCCCCUUAGGAUCCAUUAGUAAUACUUUGUGGAGUGUCCCGACAGUGGCACACAGCACCGCGUCAUUAGCCUCAAGUGACGGCCACGUGUGACAAGUAUUAACGGAGCGUGACGUCUUUAAAGCCCACCUCCACUGCUACGACUGCAGACACAUACUGUAAUGAGUAUAUAAAAAGUGUGUUACCGGUAAUUUGCAACCGCUCCACCAUUAGUGUGUUCUUCAGACUGUGAUUCUUCAGGUUGCCCGGUAACCACUCAACAUCCUGUCUGGGUGACUACCAUUUGAGCACACGUACAGGAAGUUGCACCUUAUUUAGACUGUACAGAAAAAUCAAGGCAAGGGCUGGCGCAGAAAGUGAUGGGAAAUAUGUGCCCCCCUGUAUACUGAGGGAGACUGGGGGGGGAGCGAGACAUUGUAGCAGAAGAUGAUGGGUGUUGUACUCCUGCAACUGGGAAGGUUGUGUCGCUUUUCCAGCAGACCUGGGGCAUCUGUGUGUAACGGGCAUUGCAGUAAUCUCCUGAUCUCCUUCCCUUUAAUUUCAGUAUAAUUGGUUUUAACUCUUUCUAUGCCAUGUAAGAUAUGUAUAAUUGUAAAACCUACUGCUCCAAUUACAAAGCCGCUCUGCUUUCUUGUCAUUCUGUGGCCCAAACAAAAAAGAGAUUUUGUCAUCCCAUUAAAAAAAAGUUAAUAUAAGUGGUCACAGG